AGAAACAUUUACCAUCCAAGAAAGGCUAAAAGGACUAUAUGCAUUCGAUAACGCAGUCUCAGUAAUUUGUUGAAGUCCCACUCCCCAAAUUGAAAACCAGGACAAAAAUCAUUGUAGGCGUUACAUUUUCUGUAUAAUUCCAUCCUCUCCGAAACCCUAAAAUCCACACCUCUCAAUGCUUCGAAGUCCCUCUCAAGAGCUCGCACUUAUCCUUAAUGGCGACCCUCUCUCACUUCCCAGGCUGCUUCUUUCUCUCUUCCCAUAAGCACUUCUCUUUCCCUCUUCCCUCUCUCAACGUACGUCACUAUCACUGCCCUCUCCGCCUCACAAUUUCUGCUUCUUCAAUCAGUAAACCCAGGGCCAGUAAGAAAGUGAGAAGCGAUGCAGAGCUAUGCAGUGAUAUCCGGCAAUUUCUAUCUGCGGUUGGACUUCCAGAAGAUCACGUCCCUUCCAUGAAGGAGCUUUCGCACCAUGGAAGGCAAGACCUUGCAAACAUUGUCAGACGAAGAGGAUAUAAACUUAUCAGAAAACUUCUUUCAGCCUCAACAAGGACAGACUCCAAUGGAUCUGAUGUAGUAGAAGUAGCUGAAAAACCAGAUGCAACCAGUGAUUGUGGAGAUCAACCAACAGGUCAGGAUGAGAAGGUGGAAGAUAUGGCUGAAGAUGUUUCCUUGUCAAGUGAAGUUUCUGCCACAUCAAACUAUAUAAAAAAUGGGAAUGGAGCAAAUAUUGAUCACCCACUUAACUCCGAUGGAAAAAGUUGCACGUCUCUAGAAAUUUCAACCAAUACAUCUUUGCAAGAAAAGGUGGCAAAAUUUAUUCAGAAUGGGGAGCUGGACAUAGUUGAAGAUAAUGGAUUUGGCAUUUUAAAUGAGACUGGUGCUGAAGAAGGCUUUAUUGAGUCGGAGAAUGUCACUGAAUUUAAAUCAAGUUCCCUUGGUGAAGAACACCCUCAUCAUGUGCUUGGCAGAAACGAUGCUGCUAAGAUACUGAAGGGAAGUACAUUGAUGUCCUCACGGAUGAUGCCUCCUGCAUCAGGAAACAGAACUUUGAAGGAUGGUCACUUUUCAAGUGAAGAACUAUUAGUUGCUGAGAAUGAUGACAAUUUGGAAGUUGAGGCAAGAAAAAGGGAGAAUCAAGUCGAAAUUAAUCAUCUCAAGUUCAUGCUGCAUCAGAAGGAACUGGAAUUGUCUCGGUUGAAGGAACAGAUCGAAAAGGAAAAGCUUGCCUUGUCAAUUUUGCAAACCAAGGCAGAAACAGAGAUAAGCAAAGCACAGAAACUUAUUUUAGAAAAGGAUUCAGAAUUAAUUGCUACGGAAGAAAGCCUUUCUGGACUUGAGGAGGUUAAAAUUCAGUACUGGGGUGAAGGUGAAACCGUGGAGGUGGCAGGUAGCUUUAAUGGUUGGCAUCAUCAAAUUAAAAUGGACCCACAGCCAUCAUCAAGUAUCUUAGACUCUAUUGGAUCAAGUUAUGCCAGGAAAUCUGGACUUUGGACGACAGUGUUGUGGCUUUAUCCUGGAACAUAUGAGAUAAAAUUCAUUGUUGAUGGCCAUUGGAAGAUUGAUCCUCAGAGAGAAUCGAUUACCAUGGGUAGCAUUCAAAACAACAUUCUCCGAGUUGUUAGAUGAUAUGGCUUUGACGGAGGAUAUUUUGCUGCUUCUAUAAUACCAGUAAGACAGCAACGUUUAAUUGGUUUGCAGUCUUGGCUCUGCAGUGGAAUUGAUGUUGAAGCUUGAAGCCAACAUUGUUGAAAGAGAGGCGAAAGGUGCAGGAUCAUUCAUUUUUUGAUUUUUCACUGCCAUUUGUAUAAUUGAAAAUAAGGGCUUUAGUCCUGUGCACUUUCGUACUCUAUUUCCCAUGUUCAUGGAGUUGAUGUGGUGAACAAUGCAAAGAAGCGUUCCCACAAUGUAAAGAAGUGUUCCCACAACCUUGCUACUGCUGGCCCAUUCGCCUAAUAAUUUGAAAUUUGGAUUGUUGAAUUUUGAUUUUUUA